GCUAGGGAGGGAUACUUCAAAACACCGAUUCUAUUCAUACAUAGGAAAUAUUUAUAUAUUUCUAUCCCUUUCGCACGUAUUGAGAAAUAAUAAAAUGAAUGGCGAACAAGUGAAACGGGAAUAUGUUCGAGUGGAAAUUAUUGAAAGCUGUGCCAGGCUAGUCGCCAUGUAGAAUUUUUUGAUGUGGGUGUUGUGAGUUGUGUCUUUGGACGUCAAACGCUUCAAUGAUUAUUAUUUUCAAGUGGACAUUAAUUUUUGUGUAUAUCGUCAUAUAAUUGUACUUUUGUGGUAUUUUACCAGUGUUAUAGACAUUUAUCUUUGUGGUCGUUAGCAAAUAAUCUCCUGGUGACGGCAGAUAAUAGAUUGGAGGGGGGCUGCUAAAAUACUACGACAGGAUAGUAACAACGUUUUACAACUCAAGUACCAAGAGAAGUGCCCGGAUCGCUCAUAAAAUAUCUCAUCUCGGUGCGGGCGAGUUGGACUUCCAUUUUGUUUUAUUAUGUGGUUAGACUGCAUACAGUGUGCGUUGUUUUCGAGACAAUGGAAAGCGACGGCACCGAAGGCCAUGAGUGACCAGUGGUAGCGGGUGGCGGUGAUGCACCGUGGUCACGCGGGCGCCGCCCCGCCCCCGCACCCCCCCGCCGUCCCUUCGCACCCCCUCUACCGCACGCACGCGCACGCAGAUAUUGACGAUCAGAUCCCGGCUUCCGUGAUAAGCAGUGUCGGCACAGUGAGCCUGUCACAGUCGUCGACUAUCCCCAUACCAAACAUAAGCAUGGCUAACCCGACGAAUCCAGGGAACGCGAGCAGCAGCGCGGCCCCACAGCCGGCGGCCCAGCCGCCCACGCAGGCCCCCGUCAGAAACCUCCCAAAGAAAAGAAAAUUCGAUCCCUCGGAACUAGAAGAGAUCGAAAGGAAUUGUACAAACAAUGUGGCCGUGGCCUUAGCUCCGAUCGACUUCCAGCACAUUCUACACCCUUCCCCCGUGGUGCAACAGCUUUCGCCACAGGAAAUCAAAGCACAACAGAUCCAUUACCUAAACAUCGACCUAUCUGAAUGGCGCGACCACAGAGUCUUAGCCAAGCAACGCGGCCUAUACGUGCCCGGUGUGAUCCGUCAAGCCGAAGGCUGCAAAGUGAUCGUGGAACUAGAUGGCCAGGAGAAUGACCCUAUUGAGUACAGUGACAUUUUCGGUAAAAAUAAGUUCGAUAUAAUCAGUGAUGCUAGCCCGCAAAUGAUGCACCUGCUGGUGGGGGCAUCUUGUGUGGUGAGGACUACGGACCAUAGCCGGGAAAGUGUGCAAAACGUGUUUGUUGAAGGAUUCGUGUUUGAGGUCCUGAACGCGCCGAGAAGGAUACGUGUCAAAGUAUCAGACAUGGAUAACGAGACUGUAGAAGUGAAGCGCGCAGACAUCAGGCUGCUGCAGCCGCCGUGGGCUGACGAGCUGGAAGACGCGGGCUCGCAUCACACGCCCAUGCAUCAGGUGCCGGUCCAGCAUAUGCCGGUGGCGCAGUCGUUUCAAAUGUGCGACGGCAAUUUCUACACGUCGUCCCCGAUGCCUGGCGCCGGUCAGGUGGUCACUGUGGGCGCCUCGUCCAACGGCUCCAUGGACUACGGCGAGAGCGACGAUGAUUUGAGACGAGAAGACAUCAUGUUUCCUAAUGACUCGCAGAUGGACUGCAGUAACAGCAAACGCAGCAGCUUGCAGAGCCGAGGCAGCACGUCCAGUCUAAUCGAGCGCUCCAUCACUCCCAGAUCUCAACCGCCUACUCCCAGAUCUCAAGCGGCAACCCCGCACAAAUACAAGAAGGGCGACGUCGUAUCAACGCCUACAGGAAUCCGAAAGAAGUUCAACGGCAAGCAAUGGCGGCGAUUGUGUUCCAAAGAUGGCUGCACCAAGGAGAGCCAACGUCGUGGUUAUUGUUCGCGACAUUUGUCGCUGCGCGGUGUCGCGUCAUCCAACACGCCAUUGGCGCAGCCGUCGCAACAUCACAGAAGCAGCAGCAAGUCCCUGUCGUCUAGCGGCACGGGCGUGGAAGGCGACGAGACAUCGCGCGAGUCCGACACCACGCCGCCGCAUUACAGAGUCGCUGGCAGGUUCGAUUCCGAUGAGACCGAGGCUGCUAAUAUGUUAGUGUCGCUGGGCAGCUCGCGCUCGGGCAGCCCGGGCGCGUCGCCGCCGGGCGCGCGGCGCUCGCCCACGCCGCUGCGCAGCAACGUGUUCGUGCCCAUCUGCAGCCCGCCGCCGCCGCACGCGCGCCCGCCCGCGCACCGCGCGCUCGCCGCGCUCCCCGACCGCCCGCACACGCUCAUACGCCCCGAGUUAGUUCGGCCGAGCCGUGUCAGCCCUUCAGUGAGUGGAGUCGCGACCAGCGUUAUAAGAGUUUCACCGGCGCCCUACCAUCAGCCGGAGAACAGGAAUGGCCCAACAAGUCUCCACACCAGCCAACCGAACGUGAUUGGGGUUCAACAACCUUCAGCGCUGUCCAUCCAGAGUACCAUCCAAUCAUCGAUCAACCAGUACUCUACCACGCUGCCCUCCAACCUCACUCUACCUUCAAGCAUAUCCCUCAACCUGAACAACACCAACCUCCAAACGAGCAUCGCCAACUCUAUGCGGUCUACCAACAACGAUUUACCCCACAACCUAAUCGUCCAUAGAGGUGUAAACGGCAUAAAAGAGCAAAUGUACCGACAAACGUUGAACUUACGCAACGGACUACACGAUUACAGAGCCGAAGAAUCACCACCACUAAAUAAUCAAGAGAAUUUUUUUAAUAGAAGAGUCUCGGAGUACGAUGAUGAGAACGGACUUCACAGGAAUGUGAUGGAACACAGGCCGCCGGAAUUAUCCGAGACUCGAGUUGUAGAAGAUAAAAGGAUCAUCAAACCGGCGCCGCUGCAGGCCAGAUUCUUGUCCGUGGUGGAUACGGAGGCCAAAGACAAUAUAAAGAGGUUUUAUGUCAUACCGCAGAAUAUCGAGAAGAAGUUUGUGCUGAUCAAGAAUGAGCCAGUCGAGCCUAUUCAUAUAGAUGAGAAAAUGCCUCAGCAGAUGAACAAUAAUGAACUGGAAAAUGAACACAGGAGUUUGGACAAUGGUGAUCACGUGAACAACGUGAAUAGCAGCGCUGUGAUUGUACAUCCCAGUCAACUGCUGCCUGUGUUGCCGCCUCCGACGUCGCAUACAGCUAUCAUUGUGUCCACGAGCGGCGUACCAGGCGGCGUGUUCCCGUGGCAGUCCCUGGUGCCGCUGCUGACGGCGUCCCCUCCCCCCGCGCCGCCCUCGCCGCGUACCCCCCGCACCCCCCACACGCCCCACACCCCCCACACGCCGCACACCCCCCACACCCCCCACACACCCCAUGUCAAGACUGAGGAGCAGAUCAAGACUGAAGCUACUACUGGUGAAACAGCGCCACCUAUGUGCACAGAAGAAGACGAUGAAGUGUUCGACGUGAUAGAAGACACGAGUGGCGGCGACGAUUCCAACAAAAGGAGGUCACAAAGUCUCUCUUCACUAAACUCUCCUGCCGCUGCAACUGAUAAGAAGGAGCGCCGAAUCAGACGGCCGAUGAACGCGUUUAUGAUUUUCUCCAAGCGCCACCGACAAAUGGUGCACCAGUUGAAUCCCAAUCAGGACAACAGGACUGUCAGCAAAAUCCUCGGCGAGUGGUGGUACUCGCUCAAACCUGAGGAGAAACAGAAGUACAACGAGUUGGCUAGCGAGGUUAAAGAGGCCCACUUCAAAGCGCAUCCUGAAUGGAAAUGGUGCAACAAAGACCGCAGGAAAUCCUCCAGCAGUCGCGAUCCCACGCGAUCUAUGCCACAGAGUCCCCGCACACCUUCGGAAGCGAAUAAUGUUGCGGCGGCAGGAACGGAGAUGCCGGCUGCAACGGGAUACCACGUCGCAUCGCCGCAACUUAGUGAUGACGAACAGAUGCCGCAAUCUCUGGUCGAGGAGCCGCCGGCGCAGGAUAUGCAAAUCGACCUGAAGUGCGGAGAGAAAGUCACGGAUUCAGAUUCUGAGGGGCUCGAGGGCAGAGAGUACUUGCCGCAUCACGACCAUACUCGUAGACCGAAACCGAUCAAAGCUAGGGCGGGCUCAUCUGACAAUCUGCUGGGCGGUAUUACAGCUUCGAGUCCUGGUGGCUCUAAGGUUUUCCAACCAACUGGUGGCGCUUUCAAAUCAACACACGCCGAUACUGGUGAUCACAGACAAUGGGCCACAGCAUUCACGACCGUGAACAAGAGUCUACCGAGCCAAGUACCCAGCUCUCCGCACCCUUUGCAGUCAAUAUCAGCGAGUACUCAAAGCCUCACUAACAGUGUCCAAGGCAUUUCUCUAAGCACACCAAAUCUUACCACUCAAGCGGCUUUGGAUAAUGCUAUAGCAUCAAUUAUCAAUUUGCCGACAACAUCAAGUGGGGUCCAAGUGAUAUCGAGUGGCGUAUCGAUGAAUCAACCGAGCGGGUUGACGAUGAAUCAAUCAAGCGGGUUGACAAUGAAUCAAUCAAGCGGGUUGACAAUGAAUCAAUCAAGCGGGCUGACAAUGAAUCACUCAAGUGGGUUAUCGAUGAAUACUCAAGCAUCGACGUCGACUGCUUUAACAAAUGCUCUGUUGAAGGGAGUCACUUUGAUGAAAAGGAAUCUUGGUGAUAAUCCUACAGGCCCCCUGACCCUGUCGUUGGACGCGUCCGGCAACCUCCUGAUAAAGGCGAGCCAGGCGUCGCCGCUGCAGUCGCCGCAGCCGCAGCCGCAGCCGCACCAGCUGCACGUCGUACAGCUGUCCAGGCUAUGCGUGCCUGCUUACACUGAAGUGGAAACUAGCAAGCAGUCCACGGUCCUGCCGAGCAGUGCGCCGAGCGCGCCGUCUGUCAUCGUGUCGCAGAGCAACCACGCGGCGGUCAAACCCAACACCGGGCAAUGGGAGACCUCGGCAGAGGAAACGCGGCCGUUCCCGCUGGCGCCCACGCCCGCACAGCUGGGCUGCGCGCCGCUGCAGAAACGACUAAACAGAGGAACAUCGACUGGUUCGACAGGCAGCGGUGACCAAGCCGUGCCUCGGUCUGAAAGCGGACCCACAACGCCUUUGGAGACGGAAACACCAAUGUCUCCCAAACAUGAAAAUUUACCCAGCCCUUCGCUCAAGAAGAAGAGCCUUUUCAAGAAGGGCAAUGAAGACGGGAGGGAUAAGGUUUUGGAGCAGGUGAACUUCGAGCAGAAGUUCAGUACCCUCCCUCAAUUCAAGCCCGAGGCGUGCAGCCCUAGCGCCAUGGUGGUGCCGCGAAGUCCUCAACUGUACCUGAGGAAGAAGCAUAACAAACUGGGCAUAGAGGAAGACGGCACGAUAGUCUCGACGCCUCAAAUGGAAAGCGAGAUUAUGAACGGCAACAGCAUGCCGACACCUAUAUCUUACGGCACUCCUCAUACAACGACCAAACUCGUGGGGAACACCUUCUUCGGGCCAGACUUCAAUUUGGAUAACUAUAGGGCGCCCGAGAGCAUGGAGGAGAUGUCGCCGCGCACGCCGUGCUCGGGCUCGCUGGCGGGCGGCGCGGGCGCGGGCGCGGGGGGCGCGGGGGGUGUGGGGGGCGGGCGCGAGGCCGGCCACCGCCGCACGCUGGAGCAGCGCCGCCAGCUCGUCAUGAAGCUGUUCCACGACCACGGCAUGUUCCCCUCCACGCAGGCCACCACGCACUUCCAGGCUACUCACAUGGACAUUUUCCCCACGAAGAUGUCACUACAGCUGAAGAUCCGAGAGGUGCGACAGAAACUGAUGGCGCAGAAUAAUCUCACGCCGCAUUCGGAGGUCAACACGCCGACCAACGUGAACUCUCCGAUAGUAACGUCAACGGCCAGUUAGCGAUGCGGAUACACAAUCUCCAUUGUCGUACAAGAGUAGGCGGCUCGUUUAGCUGUUGAUACCGACCGAGCAAUGGAUACGGUACAAAUAUUUACGACUACGUUGUUUUGUAUAAAGUACCCAAUGAACGUGGAGUUACUUGAAUGAGAAACUUUGGUGAGUGUAAACAUGUAACCGAAUAGUUUUGUAUCCAUGUGGACGUGUAAAAAAUAUCAACGGCUAAAAUGAUGUGGCGAAUGCAAUGGAGAACGUGUGUGAAUUAAUUGUGUUUUAAAAGGGCCUAUUUCAGUACUGAGAAGUACAUUUUAAUAUUUUCAAUUUGUGAUUUUACAGCCCUGAUGAUUGAACGCAUUUAAAAAUACGCUAAGUAAUUGGUUGUCGUAUUUUAAUAUAUCCAAAAAGUACUAUAAGGAAAAAAAAUAAAAAUCUAUAAAAAUGUGAUGUUUGUGACAUGUUAUCGAUACGAAUUUCACUAUAUGAAAAUCGAUUUGAACGAAGGUCUAUUUACAUUAGAAUGUUAUAAAAAUUAGUACGAAAAUAUACUUCUGAAUGCCAAAUAAAGUGUCAAUAGCUAGUUUUAAAUACUUUUUUCGGAUACCCAUAGACCUAGAAAAAAAGGCGGACGACGGAGUUUUAUGAUACAGCAAAAUGAAGCACCAAUAGUAUAUAUAUAAACCCCACGCCCACUCUCACUGCUAGAGUGACAGUCAGCCGCCUGUACGUCAUAGAUUAUGGUCAUUUUCAUUCACUCACACAUGCGUACAAUGCCGCCAUUACGAUGCUUCACAGAUUUUUUCUAGCCACUACGUCAGCCUUUUUUUCUAUUACACUUUUUUUUAUUGAAGUUUUAAGAUAUUUAUUGCGUCGUUAAUUCAAAGAUUAUUAUAAAGUAAAACAUUUGGCAAUUUAGGAAUUAAUGGUUUAUUUUCAUUAGCAAUCUAAUGUGAAUAGGCCAUAUUUUUGCGAAUGAAAGACUUCGAAAUUCCGACUAUUCCAAAUAGCUUGUCUCAGCUUCUAUGCUUGGUACAUUAUUUAAGUAUCGUUUGAACUAAUCAACAAUUCACGUAGUAACACUUUUAUUUUAUCACGAGCGAGAUGCAAGAUAUGCUAUUAACGAUAGUUAUUGAGACAGCAUGACACAAUGCGCGUCAUUGUUGCUUAGCGAAAACGAGGCAUUACAGAAAGAUUUGAAGCAGUAAUUACGUUAUUCCUUUUUAAUCUGUACAGUUAGGUUAUAGUACGUUCCGUGUUGUCACUCAAAAGAAAAUAAGUAUUGACAACAUAUUUCUUAGUUCCAUAGCCAAAUGACAUAAACGGAACCUGAAGUUUCGUCGUCCCCAUUUGGUUUCUUAUCUUUUUGUCUUUAAUUAAAAUUGUUCAUAUUAAAAUUGCGGCGUUAUCAGACUGCAAUAUCUUCAAUUUCUUCCAAUUUCCAGUAAAAGUUACUGAUGUAAAUUAAAUACAUCAUAGAAAUGUGUACACGCAAUUUACCAUAGAAUUUCUGAAGUUUUUACGCUGGAACGUUACUAUUAUUAUUUAAUUUUCAUCACACGCUGGAUUGGUUGUCCAGAUAAAAGAAAAAAAAAUACAAAAAAAAUCAUCAUCCGAAUUUUAAAUUAAUGCCAUUCAUUAUGUAUUUGUUUUUCGCUUUUUACCUACUUUACGUGUAGGGCGGUCAUUAAUGCUUAUCAUGCUAUCAAAUAAAUUGCACAACAUUGAUUACAACUAAUUAUUGUAAUCAUGAUUGCGUGUUUGUUUGACGGUGGUUUAGUCUGAUGCACAAUUUGCGGUUAAUUUAUUUGAAAUACUAGUUUGUUGGAAGAAAAAAAUAUUCCAUGGGACUGUGCAUUAACUAACCACCAUUUUAACUAGCACUUUACUCACUACGGGCACGAUCUCAAUAAAUUUAUUUGUGUAAUUAUAUGUAAGUCCUUAUUUGGGUUGAAGUGUAUUUAGGGUUGUAUAAUGUCGCAAUAUAUACUUGUAACGUACGUCCAUUUUACGAGUGUCAUAUUUUAUUUAUCGUAUUCCACUGUUGCUUGCCUUAGUUGUCGAAUAUAAAGGGAUGUUGACAUAAUGUGAGAUUUCUGUUAUAAAGCAAAAUAAGGACGCAAAUCAUCUUAGCAAUGCAAUAAGUUAUACAGCCGAAAUAUUGAUUUGGACAUAUCAGAAAAUAACAAUUUUCUCUUUGUUUUUAAAGUAAUUUUUUAACGUUAUAAGAUUGCUUUCUUUUACUUAUUGUACCUUGUUUCAUUUAAGAUUUUUUGCAUUUAUAGAAGAAUCACAAGAGAGAGAUAAAAGACGCAUAUCGUUCAUUGCGUCCUUGUUUUAUAUAGGAGUUAUGCCAUCUGCCUAAUAAUAUGUUUAUGUGGUGUCCAUAAUUUUUGCCGUGUUUACUAAAUAUGAAAAUUCAUGUUCUUAGAAGGUUGUAAAUAUGAGAUAGUUUUUUUUACAGAAAAAUUUCAAUAGUAAAGUGACAUUACUCCAUAUUAUAACUUUCUAAUUAAAGUAUCAGACUGGCAUAGUUAAAUAUGUUUAAUAUACGAUAUUGUCGUAUUAUUUGGCUGUUGGUAUAACGAUGUCGUUAAAUACAAGUUUUGCAUAUAUGUCCAAUAUAAUGUGAAAGAUGAAAUAAAGGUUUUUGGACUUUUUGUUGAAUUGAUUGGUAUGUAAUGUUCAUUUAUUCAUGUUUCAUUUUAUAAUUAUUUUGGAUAUUUUAACAGCUAGUAUCUCUCAUGGAACUAACCAUCAACUUUUUUGUUUUAUAUAUGCAGACCUUGUAUGUUCAGUAAAGGUAAAAGUUGGUGCGUACAAUAUUGUUUAAGUCUUAAUUAUUUGUAUCGUUUGUAUUUAAGUUGUGAUGUACGUCUUCCACAUGUUAAAAAAAAACAUUUUUAUUAGAUGAAUAUCUACUUAUUUAAUUAUUUCUAUGUACAGUGAUUUACUUAUAAGCAACGCGGAGUUAUUUUGAAUUAUCUUUUUUGAUGCCAUGUUUGAUUUAUUAGAUUUGAGAAGUGACAAAAUGCACGUAUAGUAUUUAUGUAUAUUGAAACUCAUCUUUGCGUGUUGUGCUAUGUUUGCCUAAGUUUUGGAGAUGUUAGUUGUCUUGAAAGCUACAAAUGCGUAGGAUCACGCGCAUAGUAAGAAAUACUAUAUCAACAUUAUAAUUAUACGAAAAUUUAUAUCUUUAUUACGUCUUUUCUAACAGUAAGGGAAGUAGUGAUCAUUUUUGAAACAACACGGCAGUGGUUUAAUAAAACAGCUCAAACAUUAACGACACUAGAUAAAUCAAUAUUUAUACAUUAACAUAAUCUCACUGUAAAUAUUAAAUUUUACUUUAGUGUUAAGAGUUCCCGGCUCUCAAAGUAAUUAAGUUUUUUAUUUAGAUAAUGCUAAUUAAUAAUAAUUAAAGGAGAAAAAUAUAUAAUUUAUAUUUGGAAAAUUUCGGCCAAUACAAAUGUUGUGUAAAUCAAAAUUGUAUUUUUUAAUGAUCUCUUUGGCGUUAUUAGUAUUUAGACAAUUGCUUUAGGAGUCCGGAAGUGAAAUGAAUUUAUUAAAAACUAAAUAUAAGAGAUAUUUUCGCACUGUUAAAUGUAUCGUAAUAGUUGUAGCGUCGGUUGGCACUGAGUUUGGGGAAAACAGAAGCAUCUCAAUCUGAAGUGAUAACUAUAAGCGCACGUGACAACGUCGUGCACUUUAUGUCUGCAUUUAUAUAAAGAUCCGCGUAUGAUACUAAGCCGAAUUGGCUUCUACUAUACAAACUAAAACUUCGUGUCAGCCUCGCGUAGUCAAUUGGUCAUUUUUCAUAAUCAUUGUUGUCUUGAUACAACUCGUAGAAGGCAUUCUAUUUUAUGAAAAACAUUCAGGGAAACCAGUGUUUAUCUCGUCAUUACUCGUUUUGCACAGAUUUAAGCAACAUAAGAUUUGGAAUAGUUUCUGAAAAUAUGGUAUAAUGGGGUAAACCUUAAAUCUGCUAGCUGUUAAUAUUUCAUCGGAUAAUUAAUAAGACCAGCUUCCUCUUAGCAUGGAACGCGCGCCGCCAUUUUUAUCGCGCGAAAAUUAUCGUUGUGGCGUGUUACGGGGCAGAACGUGAAAUAAUGAAGCUUUCGAACGCCUGAUGAUUUAAGAAGGCGCAGGAGUUUUAUACAACUUGUAAAACACGCUCCAGAUGUAUUUUAUCGUCGACUGAAUAUAUACAUACCUCCUCUUUCCCGGAGGGGUAGGCAGAGACCAUAUUUCCACUAGCAACGAUCCCUGCACACUUUUUUGCUUUAUCCACAAUUAUAACUUUCUUGAAUAUCUAUCUUGAAUAUAUAGUGAUCGUGGCAAGUGGAAAGAGGUAGUCUCUGCCUACCCCUCCGGGAAAGAGGCGUGAUUUUAUGUAUGUAUAACUCUCUUCAUGCAAGCUGGUCGGUUUUGGGUACUCUUGACCUGACCUUCUGCUAGAACGUCUCCGAUAAUUUUGGCCUCAUUGAAAUCCUGGUGCUUUUUACAUAUUUCAUCAAAUAGAAUGUCUUUUAUAGAGACGUUGUUACCAAUUAGUCAUAAUGUAGUUGUAAUAUUUCACAAUACAGAGCUAGUCUGGACUUUCAUUUCUCGUUCCAUUUAAAAUUAUGACAGAAUUAGACAAAUGAUAUGCAAUAGGCAAAUUGUGUUAUACGGAUAUGAUAGUUAUUUCUUAAGGCGCAGUACAAUGAUUUCAUUUCACUAAAAUAAUAAUAAGUUAAUGGAAAAUAUAAUACCUAAUAAAUUAAAAAGCCUCAAUAAAAGUAUCGUUGCGAAAGCUUUACACAUACCAUACAUUUUACACUUGAACUGUUACCGUAGAUCGAAAAUAUAGAUUUGUACUACGCCGAAUGAAAAGCAAUUGAUAUUUUAAUAAAGUAUUAAAGUAUAAGUAACAUUUUCAAAAUCUUCUAUUCGUAUGCUACAAAAUAGUGUGAAAUUUUACAUUCUACGAAACAUAUUUUAAUACAAUUACUCUAUACACAUCAAUCAGAAUAAAACAUAUGGACGAUUUAUUUUAUCACUUGAUUUUAUGAUUGUUGACAUCGUUCUUUCAACAGUUGUGUUGUUUAUAUUUUAAUGAAUAUAUUUUAUCACCCUUUUGUCUCUACAUAAAUUCAAUGUGCACCUAUGGUUAUAUUACGCGUUAAGAUUUUGUUGCAAUAAACUAAUUUAGCGUUAAAAUUAACAGUUGUUUGAUAUGUCGCGGCGGUUUGUACUGAAUGUUUCAAUUUGUUUCACUGCUGUCCAUUGGUUUGCAGAUUGUCGAGUACUUGAACUUGGAGUGAAUGUUUGGGAAACUAGCGUGUUAUCGUAAUAACAAAUAUGAAACAAAUCGUAAUUGGAAUAAGCUGCGUAUUACUAGUGCCUUAUUGACUUGCAAACCUUAGUUCCAUGUUAUACAUGUUUCUGUUACACAUCUCUCGUUUUGUUUCAAGGCUUUGUCAGUCAAUAAACAAUGGAUAAUAGGCAGUUUGUAUAUUAGACUGAAUUUAAUAUGUUGCAUAUAACAAAUUUUUAUUAUUAAGAAAAUUAGCAAUUACAUCAAAAAAGGACAUUUUAAAUAAAGCAUUUCAUAUUCGUUAUUUAUUUCUUCUACAUAAGGCAUUAGUCUAAUUGUUUAGUCAAAGUGGUGUAAAUGUAAAUAUCUUGUUUAGAAGUUUUAUUUAGAUUUAAGUAUUCAAUUUAAUGUAUAUUAGAUUGAAUUAGACAAAAAGAAUCAGAAAAAAAUCUGAAACUGUAAACACAUACACAUAAGCAAGAUUUUUAAAACGUUUAUGAAUCCAACUUAUGGACCAAAUUAUGGCACUUUUAACUUUAUAACAACAAACAGGCAGACAUUGUAUGCAGUAAUGUAUUAGUGAAUAAACCAUAGUAAUGUGGACAGUUUGUUCAAGCAUAUUGGAUCAUUGUAUGAACUUAUGUUAUAACAUAAAAACCUCGAACACA